AUGUGCACAUCUCCAAACCAUCCUUCGACGCAACAAAGCCUUCCGUCAAGAGCACGCGCAAACUAUCAGGUUCAAAAAGUACUCAAGCACUAUAUCAGUGCACCAAACACUCAUACAUUGUAUCAGUCUCCGAUUACCAGUCAUUCAGACACGGAUUCGACGGAAAUAUUCAUAAUCGGCACGUUCUACAUGCGACCAUCGUACCAGUCGUGCGUGGCAGACGAAAAAGGAGGCGAUUGUUUGGGUCGUUGUCAUCCUUACGACAGCUUGGACAUUUCCGGCAAUGAUCUCUUGACAUCAAAUGACAAUUCUGCGCUUUCCCCUCAUCCCCGAAUCACUCUUUACUCUCGAUAUGCAAAUACUUACAGUCAUCAUAUCAACGAUCGUGGUGCUUGUCGAGAGAGAUAG